AUGAAUCUUAAUCCCCCCGUUAAAACUAUGCUAAACGGGUCCCUUUUCUUAUCCUCCUUAAAUAUUAAUGGCAUCAAAGACAAAAUGUCAAUUCUUAUGACGCUAUUAUCAAAUGACUCUACCGACAUAAUAGGAUUACAGGAAACCCACUCCCCCGACAACCAUUCGGCCCAAUUUACAAAUUAUAUAUACUAUAGCUCUGGAACCACGAUCAAUAAAUGGUCAGGUGUGGCCUUCCUUAUCAAAAAUAAGCUCAAAAAAUACAUUAUAAAAUUUGUCCCUAUAACCGAAAGAAUUGCUGUACUAUACCUGAAUACCGCCUACAAACCCACCAUCCUCCUCAAUGUCUACGUCCCCCCUAAACUCACAGAAAGAAUGUUAUUCCUAGAACAUCUAGAUAACAUGAUAAGCUCUUUACCAAAAAGAUACAAUAUCAUAGCUAUGGGAGAUUUCGAUACUAAGAUAGGUCAUGACAUAACAUACAAAGUAAGCAAAACUAUAGGCCAUACAACAGUAUAUAGCAGCAACGAUAAAGAUGGAAAAAAACUACUCCAAAUAUGUUUUGAUAACAAUCUAAAAAAAAAAAACACGUUCUUCAAACAUAAACCUCCUCACCUCAUGACCUUCACAAGAGGUGGCCACUCCUCCCAGAUCUACUUCUUCCUAUCUAAUAUCCAUAACUGGUUUGCAGAUGUAAAGGCCAUCCUAAACAUAAAUAUAUCAGAUCACAAACUAAUCAAAGCACAUAUAAUAAUACGAAGCUUAACUAGGACUAUUCAGUCCUUCCCUACCAAACCAUUAGAGGAAUGUUGGUCAGACUUCAAAAAUUCUAUUUUCCACGCCUACAAUAACCUCAACCAUAGCCAAAUACCAAAAAGAGAAUGGCUCUCAGUAAAUACAAAAAACUUAAUCCUAUCGAUAAAAAACGAUAGCAGCCGCAAUUUAGAACUAUGGAAACGCAUUCAGAGAUUACUACGUAGUGAUCGUAGGAUCUUCUUAGCAAAGAGAGCAGAAGAAAUAGAAAUGGAUAUGAGAAACAACAAAACUCAUGACGCCUACAAAAAGCUCAAACACUUCUGCAAACCAGCAUGCUUUAAGAAAUUACCAAUACUUAAUUUACAAGGAGGUAACAAAUACACAGACCCUGAAGAGCAAAUGGCCAUCUGGACAGACUUCUAUAUGUCAGCCUUUGAGUCCAGGAUCCCUUCCAAGAUAGUGAGCCCCCAACAGACAAUCUUGCCAUUACCCCACGCCGAUUUCUCCCUCACAGAAAUUAACAGAGCCAUAAACAAACUAAAAAACAAUAGAGCUCCCGGCUCUGAUGGGAUCAUAAAUGAACACAUGAAAGCCGCUCCAGAAAGCAUUUCUAAAUAUCUAUUAGCCAUAUUCACAAAAAUAUGGCAUUCAGGCAAAACCCCAGAUGAUUGA